AUGGAAACACUUCUACAUAGCGAAAUAUUAAAGAAAUAUAAAGAAGAAACAAAUGAAUAUAUAAAAAAAAAGAACGUUGAGAAAUUAUUUGACAUUAUUUUAAAAAAUGUUUUAAUAAAUAAACCUGAUAAUAUUUAUUUAUAUAUAUAUAACAACAUUUAUUCUUUCCUUCUGAAUAAAAUUUUUAUAAUGGGUCCUCCAGUUUUGAAAAUUACAUCUAUGUUAUCUUCUCAUAUUUCUGAAUUCUUUAAUUAUUAUCAUAUAUCCUUACCUAUCUUAAUACAACAGUAUAAAUUAAAUAAAGGAGAAAGCUCAAAUAAUAAAAUCAUAGUUAAUGAUGAAAUCAUUUCUUUUAUCCUUAAAGAGAACAUACAUAACUUAGACUCAAAGAAAAAGAAAGGUUAUAUUGUGGAAGGAUAUCCCAACAAUAAUCUUCAAGCAUAUAGCUGUCUCAAAUAUUUACCAUCUCAUGUUUUUGUUUUAUACGCCGAUGAAGAAUAUAUAUAUAAAAAAUAUGAAGAAGAAAAUGAUAUUGCCAUUUUUUCAUAUACACAAAAAAAAGACUAUGAUAUUAAUGAACCCCAUGAAAUAAAUAAUAUAGAUGUGAAACCUUUAAAGGACCAAGUUCUUUCCUAUAUAAGAAAUAUAUCCGAUAUGUUAACUAUCCUAGGAACUAAUAAAAAGGUUUUGAACUUACACGAUUUUAAUGAUCAGAUGUUAAUUGAUCACGUUAAAAAUGAAGUUUCCAAAAAUAAAGAUGAAUGGGAUUCGACUUUAAACGGUGAUAUAUAA